AUGGCGUCCGAAACUUUCGACUUCGUCGUCGUCGGCGGAGGCUUGUCGGGCUUGGUUCUGGCUUCACGUCUUUCAGAAAACCGAGACUGCACUGUCUUGGUGAUCGAGUCGGGCAAGGACCUCAGAGAUGACCCCAGGGUGAAGAUACCCGCCAUGUGGGCCAUGCUAUUGGACGAUCCCGACGCGACCUGGCAACUCAAGACCGUACCUCAGGUAGCACUUGGGGGUCGCGAGAUCACCCUCUCCCAGGGCCGCACUGUUGGAGGCUCGAGUGCCCUGAACGGCCUUUCGUUCAGUGCCACUUCCAAGGCCAACGUCGAUGCGUGGGAAAGCCUUGGAAACACCGGCUGGGGCUGGGACGAUUUCACCGCGUCCAUGGACAAGUCGUACAAGAAUGGACCACUCCAGCUGGCUGUCCCGGACGAGGACACCAAGUGGCCGCAAGUCUGGAGGGACACUUUGAGCAGUCUCGGCUUUUCCACCUCCAACGAAGCUUUCUCAGGACACGUCUCUGGUGCUCUUACCGUUCCAGACACUAUUUCUGCUUCAAAGGAGAGGAGCUUCUCUGGUAAUGCGUACUUUGGCUCCGCGAAUGACCGGCCCAAUGUUACUAUCUGGACACAAACAACCGUCGGGAAAGUUCUCUUUGAAGCUCCCGAUAAUGGCCCUCCGUCAGACACCACUAUCGCAACUGGUGUCGAGUACACCACUGUUGACGGGCAGACCAAGACGGUGAAAGCUGUCAAGGAAGUCGUACUCACAGCAGGCUCGAUCAAUUCACCCAGAAUCCUCGAGCUCUCGGGGGUGGGCGACAAGACUCGUCUGGAAAAGCUUGGGAUCAAGGUUCAUAUUGACAACCCGUUUGUCGGAGAGAAUCUCCAGAACCACCCCAUGUGUGGAGUGAACUUCGAGGUUCUCGGGGGCGAGGAAGGGUUCGAGACCAUGGACAAGAUUGCCCGUCAAGAUGCAGAAGCUGUUGCGGCCGCUAUGGAUGACUACACCAAGCGACAGCGUGGUCCUUUGUCCAGGAGUGGUGCAAACUACGCGGCCCAUCUCCCGUUUCCAGGCAUCGGCGACACCACCGGAGCCGAGAACCUCAGCAAGAUCCUCCAGAUUCCCGUGCCCGGCGAUUCCUCCAAGAACACGGCACCGCCAUUCGCCAAAGCCCACGAGUCGUUCGUACACUCCGUUCUCAAGUCGCCCAGCGAGGCUUCUGGCUGCUACCUCUCCGCCGCAGCCUUCGCGGGCUUCAACCCCGAUGGUUCGAGGGCCUCGGUAACCCAGUUCCCCGGAGACAAGAGUUAUUUCACCAUCGUGCUUUUGCUAGCCCACCCUCUAUCCAGGGGCUCGGUACACAUCAAGUCAGCCACUCCGUCCGUCUCGCCGGCCCAUCUCGCCCUUGAUCCUGCAUACCUCACCCACCCCCUCGACAUCGAGGUGCUGGCAAGCCACCUGCAAUACGCAGCAGCCACCAUCGCGACCACGGAGCCACUCGCGAGCCACCUGAAGCCCGACGGGGAACACAACCCGGGAGCCCCAGACGUCGGAAGCUUCAGAGACCUGGACAACGUCAAGAAGUACGUGCGUGAGACCGUGGUCGGCGCUCAGCACUGGACGGGCACGUGUUCCAUGAUGUCGCGGGACAUGGGCGGCGUGGUCGACCCAAAGCUGCGCCUCUACGGCUGCCGCAACCUGCGCGUCUGCGACGCGAGCGUCAUCCCCAUCACCCCGCGUACGAACCCCCAGGCUACCGUCUAUGGCAUUGCGGAGCGGGCGGCGGACAUCAUCAAGGCGGAGUACUCGGUGGCCGCGGGAGCAAGUCACCACAUCGUAAGCUCCAAGAUCGAAACCUCGGCUUUGGACUUCUUGCUCGAGACCCAGUGUCUUGGAGAGAACACGAUUUUCAAGUUUGAUAAAUCGAUUGCGGGCGUUCUCAAAAAGGAGGACGAGAUAUCAGUGCCGAUCGGCAGAUCCCCGCCUCAACGGAGGACGCGCCUGGCCUCCAACGGGUCGCCGUCGACGCGGAUGGUCUCUUCAUUACGCAAGCAGAAUUCGCUCCCAGCGGCCUACUAUCGCGGCGGAACCUCUCGGGCAGUCUUUUUCCGACAGGAAGAUCUCCCGGAAAAUAAAGAUGAAUGGGCCCAACCAUUCCUCGGCGUGAUCGGGAGCCCAGACCCCAACGGCCGACAGCUGGAUGGCAUGGGCGGCGGCAUCUCCAGCCUGUCCAAGAUCUGCGUGGUCGGGCGCUCCCCGCGCGAAGACGCAGACGUCGACUACACCUUCGUCUCGCUGGGGGUCAAGAACACACACGUUGACUACUCCAGCAACUGCGGCAACAUGUCCUCGGCCGUGGGGCCGUUCGCGGUCGACAGCGGGAUGGUGGAGGCGCCGCAGGGUGUCGAGUGCGAGGACUUCACGGUGCGCAUCCACAACACGAACACGGGCAAGAUCAUCCACGCCAAGUUCCCAGUCGCCGACGGUGAGGCGGUGGCCGAAGGCGACUUCUCUAUCGACGGGGUAUCUGGCACCGCGGCACCCAUCCGCCUCGACUUCGUCAGGCCGGCGGGCUCGCGGACGGGGAAGCUGCUCCCGACCGGCAGCGUGACGGAUACUUUCGAGGGCGUCGGGACCACGUGCAUCGACGUUGCUAAUCCUUGCUGCUUCGUGCUUGCCUCGGACCUCGGUGUGGGCGGGCGGCUGACGCCACAGCAGAUCGAGGACCAUCCGACGCUCACUGACACCAUGGACAAGAUCCGGCGGCAGGUUGGUGUGCGGAUGGGGUUGGCGGCUUCGCCUGAGGAGGUGCCUGGCAGUGUCCCUAAGAUCGCCAUCGUCUCUCCCAAUGCAGACUCGGGUGAGAGUGUAGUCGCCCGAGCAAUGUCUGUUGGCCAACCCCACAAGGCCAUCCCCGUCACGGUCGCGCUUGCCCUCGCAGCAGCCUCCAAGCUUCCCGGCAGCACCGUCUCCCAAUGCAUGAGCGCAGAGCCGGGGGAGGCAGGACUGGUCAUACACCACGCAAGCGGCACGUUGCAUGUCGACGCAAAGUACGAUGGAGCAGGUGGGCUUGAGAGGGCGACUGUUUUUAGGACGGCGAGGCGACUGAUGGAGGGGAGGAUAUACUGGAAGUAG